UGAUUGGAGGGAACAAAACAACCUUUUGAUUUCGUGUUCUUUGUGGGCAGAAUUGCACAGUUUUGCUAAUCAUUUGGCCAAAUAAAGGCAGACAUGAGCCAAGCUGCAUCUCCUACCAAGUGGCGCACCUCGGCCAGUGUGAUCCUGGUGUCCAGAGAUGAUGGCAAUAACGAAGAUUACAAGGUGCUUAUGCUAAAACGCAGUGAUGCCACGGCGAUUGCGGUCAAUCAGACUGUAUUUCCCGGUGGCCUCCUGGACUCUGAGGCGGAUGAAAGCGUCGCCUGGCUGCAGUACCUCGAGGAGUUUGGUGUUCCACAAGAGGCACUACGCCGCCUGGUUCUCAUCCGCGACGAUCGUCCUGCCAUUCUGGCGCCCCAGGGCAGUGGCUGCUACGAUCGGUUCUUUAAGCGCUCCCACAUUUGGGCUCGGGAGAUUACGCUGCGACUAACCGCCGUGAGGGAAUGCUUUGAAGAGGUGGGUCUGCUGCUUUGUCGGAGUCGGAGUCAACUGGAUUUUGGUGCGGCAACUUGCGCUCAGGAUGUCCCAGACCUGGAGUCGUGGCAGCGAAGGGUGCACAACAAGCCGGCUGAGUUUCUAACCCUCUGUCGCGAGCUAAAUGUAGUUCCAGAUUUGUGGGCCCUGCAUGAGUGGUCUGCGUGGGCGAGUCCGGGAUUCAUACGCAAAGGGCAUGAAACCGCUUUCUUCAUGGCUUUUGUGGACAAGCAGCCCGAACUGCUGGAAGAACCUUCCGAGGUCAAGGAAACAUUGUGGCUGACACCCGUUGAACUUCUGCGACUGGCUGACUUGGGCAAUGUUUGGUUCAUGCCACCACAGGUCUACGAAUUGUCCCGGUUGAUGGGAAUUAAGGCGUAUCAAUCCCUGUUAGAGUUUGCCACCAAGCGCAGCGGAUUGGGAACGACCAUGUUCUUGCCGGUUGGCUAUAACUGCCAGGGCUCUAUGGUUUUCGUCUUACCUGGCGAUGACUUCUAUGUUCCCGAACCUCACUUGGUUCACGAAAUAAUCAGUUUUCCUGGAUCAGAAGACGAGUUUAGGGCUCGUUCAAAGCAUCUGCAUCGCUAUACCUAUGGUCCUGCUGUUCGAAACUUGGAGUUAAAUAUUCCACCGCCGAAUGGACACUUGAAACCGCUGAAAUUUCAGGCGGAGCGCCAGAAGCUGUAAUCACAUUCCGUAGCUGGACGGGUGGUGACCCCAGCUGCUAAGCUCUGAUAAGAUGCUAAAUGUGACCCAUGAAAUGGGGCAGUCACAAAUUGGUGUUUUGAAAUUAUUUUAAGCGGCUUUAGCUGGCCAUCAAAUUAUCACGACGACGGCUCCGAGGAGCAUUAAUUAUUAUUUUAUGGGACAAACUUUAAUUAAAAAAUGUACAGUUUAAGUUAAA